AUGGAGGGGCAAGAAGCUGAAAAGGACGUGGGCCGACCCCGGACAAAUGACCCCGAGUUUCUUGACGAAUUCAAUUCAAUUUCUACUGCCCAAGAAGAAAAGCUAGAGCGGAGAUUGAUUAGGAAGAUUGAUUUGCAUAUCCUUCCAUUCAUCGUGUUGCUAUACCUCUUCAGCUUUCUAGAUCGAGUGAACAUUGGCAAUGCCCGUUUAUAUGGCCUGGAGGAAGACCUCGGCUUAGUAGGCGACCAAUACCAGAUCGCCGUGUCUAUUCUAUUCGUGACAUAUUGUUUCUUCGAAGUACCUUCAAAUCUGGUGAUCAAAAAACUGAGGCCGUCCCGAUAUAUUGCCACAAUCUCCGUGCUGUGGGGAAUCAUCGCGACCCUGACUGGAAUCACCCAGAGUUAUGGCGGGCUCAUCGCAUGUCGCGUCUUGCUUGGAGUCGUGGAGGCAGGGCUUUUCCCGGGAUUCUUGACCUAUCUCACCAUCUUCUACAAUAAGCGAGAGAUCGCUCUGAGAACAGGCUAUCUAUUUAGUAGCGCCGCCAUUGCAGGCGCAUUUGGCGGUCUGCUAGCUUACGGAAUCGGGUUCAUGGAUGGUAUCUGUGGGUUGCGCGGAUGGCGCUGGAUUAUGAUUCUCGAAGGCAUUCCGACCGUCAUACUCGGAAUAGCAACUUGGUUCUUUCUGGCCGAUGACCCCGACACGGCGUACUACCUCGACAAAGAAGAGCGGAUGCUCGUCGCGCGUCUCCGCAGUCGAUAUAUUGGCCAAACGGAAUCUGCGCAGAAAUUCCACUGGGCGGAUGUCAAGGAGGGUGCGCUUGAUUGGAAGAUCUAUGCUUUUUGCAUUGGCCAGUUUGGUGUCGAUACCAUGCUGUAUGGGUACAGCACUUUCUUGCCGACGAUCAUCGAGGGAAUGGGAGAUUGGACCGUACCUCAAGUCCAGGCGUUGACAAUCCCUUGUUACGGGCUGGGCGCUAUUGCCUAUCUCUCCAUGGCUUGGUUGAGUGAUAGAACGCAACAUCGUGCGUUAUUCACCUGUCUCUUUAGUGCAAUUUCAGUGGUCGGAUAUGGGAUUUUGAUCUCGGAUUCCUCCUCUGGCGUCCAUUACUUUGGCGCUUUGAUGGUUGCUUUGGGGUUGUAUGUGGCAGUCGGUUUACCGCUUGCCUGGCUACCUACCAAUUUGCCUCGAUACGGUAAACGCACCUUUGCCACGGGCUUACAGCUCACUUUCGGAAACAUCAGUGGUGUCAUGUCACCUUUUUUGUAUAAGAACUCUGAGGGGCCGCGUUUUGUCAGAGGCAAUGCUGUGACGCUGGGCCUAGUAGGCUUUGCUGGUGUCUUAUAUGGUGUUAUGUGGAUCUGUCUUCGUCGCAUCAACAGGCGUCGUGAUGAAGGACUUGAGGAUGAAAAAAUUACAGGCCUGUCGGAGGAAGAGAUCCAGGAGCUCGGGGACCGGAACCCCCGGUUCCAUUACAGCACUUGA